GUAAACACAAGUGAGUUCGAAGGUGGUCGCCAGAAUCCCUUGCUUGAAUCAGCUUUCCUGGGGGCACGUAAGGUGACAUGAUUUGCAUAAUUCUUGUCGCAGGCCAUGGGACAUUGCUUGGGACCGAGAUAAAGGUGUCUCCAGACUUCAGUCACCUGUCAGGUGUCCCCAAGGCCCUGCUCCCUGGGGUGGGGGGAAAGAAGAUCCUGGAUUACUGGUGGGAGGCCAUCAAGGCGAGACAACUGUUCAGUGAAGUUUAUCUGGUAACAAAUGCAGACAAGUACAAGCACUACGAGAGAUGGGCCACAGCCUCAGAUUUUCCAGUUGAAAAUAUUAUCAAUGAUGGAACAACAAUUUAUGCCAAUAGAUUCGAUAUUUUAAUGCAAAUGGACUUCUCUAGCACAUANGAAGAGGCUGCUUCUGGAACUGAUGGAUCCACAGUAACAAAUAGUGAAGAUGACCAAGUGCCAAAAAGACUGAAUAGAGGUAUUGUAGAAGUGUCUCCAACUGAUAGCAGUAUUACACGUUUCCUUGAGAAGCCACUGCCCCAUGAAACAGAGUCCAGGUGUGCCAGUGUGGUCUUCUACUGUCUCAGGAAGGAAACCUUACCCCUGGUGCAGGAAUAUUUGGUUUUAUAUCCAGAAGUAGAGCAAAGAAAUUUUGGUCAUUUCAUGCAAUGGAUAAUAGACAGCAAGAAGACAAAAGUAUAUGGCAUGAAAUUGCCCACUGGUUUUCAGCUGAUUGGUCAAGUGGGAUUAAAAGAUUACAAGGAUUGGCUUGGUGUAUUUGCAAACAGGCAGUCGGCUGAAAAGAAAAAGAAGGAAGCAACCAAACGGGCAUAUGCCAGGGUAGGUUUGUUUGGAAACCCAUCAGAUGGCUAUUAUGGAAAGACAAUUUCAAUGUCUAUUAAGAACUUCUGGGCAGAGGUGACCAUCACGGAAAGUGACCAUCUUGUGCUAUUACCUCACCCCUUGAAUGACCCUACAGAGUUUGGUAGUUUGGCAGAUCUUUAUGGGAUAAGUAGAAAAGAAGGGUACUUAGGUGGUCUCAGACUGCUGCAGGCAACAUGUAAGAAGUUUUACCAGUAUUGCUCAGUAAGAGGGAUUGCACUGGCAAAGAGAAACUUCACUCUGAAGUAUGACACAAACAUUCCACGGCAAGUGGGGCUUGCUGGUAGUAGUGCAAUAGUCACAGCCACUCUGGACUGCCUGAUGUUCUUCUUUGACCUUACAGAUGCUGACAUGCCAAAGCCUCUGCGGCCACAGUUCAUUCUAGAUGUAGAAGUUCAAGAACUGUAUAUUACAGCAGGAUUACAGGACAGAGUUAUUCAGACCUAUGAAGGGUUGGUUUACAUGGACUUCAGUCAAGAACUGAUGCAGUCCCAAGGACAUGGAAAUUACAUUCCUUUGAAUAUAGAUGCCCUUCCUUCAUUUUGGCUGGCUUAUAUAGCAGAUCCUAGUGAUUCUGGAAAAAUUCAUAGUAAUAUUAAGGAGCGAUGGAAUGCAGGGGAUUCUGAAGUUAUUGGUGCUAUGCAAAGAUUUGCUCAGAUUACAGACAGUGCCAGAGAGAGCAUUGAGCAACAUGACUGGGAGAGACUGGCAGCACUAAUGGAUGAGAACUUCGACCUUCGAAGACAGAUAUUUGGUGAUGCUGCUCUUGGUGAGGCUAAUUUAAGAAUGGUGGAGAUAGCUCGGCAGUUUGGCUCUGCUGUUAAAUUUCCUGGUAGUGGUGGUGCUGUCAUAGGACUGUGCCUGGAUAAAAACAAAGUGAGUGACAUGAUAACUGCAUUCCAAACUGAAGGUUUUGUUGUAUGCGAAAUCUUACCUCAUCCUGCUGAAUCUUUAUCAUGACCAAUUGGACAGCACUGCCGUAUCAAGAUAAUCCAUGUGUUUUAAUAGUAAACAGACUGUGCAAAUUAUAAUUAUCAUACAAUACAGUAUCCAUUGUUUUAAAAUAAUUAGGAUAUAUAUAUACCCUUGACGUUUUUUAUAACAAGAUGAAGUUAAAUCAUGUAGUCUGUAAAGUGAUGGAAACUAUUUAUUUGUUUAUUUAUUUAUUUAUUUUGUGUAUUAAAUUGAUCCUGAAAAACAUCACACAUGAGAAGCUAAUCUUAAGUUGAUUUAAUUGAAAUAUAUAAAAAUGACAUUGGUAUUCAUGUAUAGUGGCAAUUGUAAUCAGAGAAACAAAAAUACAUUUCCAUUAUAUGCCACUUAUACUUUUAUAAAAAUAUAACAAAGUGAAUCAAUCAAUAAAAAAAAAGAUGUGGCAAAGCAAGAAGUUUGUCUUACAGAAAAUGAAAAGAAACAUGAAAAAUGUAUAUUCACAUUUAUUUUUAUUUGUUUGUUACGUUUC